ACUGCGGUUGGAUCUUGUCAUGUGACGUACCCUCUACGUCACGAUCCUGCGUUUGUAUAAAUUCAAUAGCACUCCCCUUUGCCUGCAUUAUUCCACGAAGAGGAAGACUCGUCUCUACUUUUUGAAGCAAAACACACAGAUAACAAGCGUUUAUAAAGAUGCAGAUCUUUGUCAAAACCCUCACGGGCAAGACAAUCACCCUCGAGGUUGAGCCAAGUGACACCAUUGAGAACGUUAAAGCCAAGAUCCAGGACAAAGAAGGCAUUCCCCCUGAUCAGCAGAGGUUGAUAUUUGCUGGCAAACAGCUGGAAGAUGGCCGCACCCUGUCAGACUACAAUAUCCAGAAAGAAUCCACCCUUCAUCUUGUGCUGCGUCUCAGGGGAGGCAUGCAGAUCUUCGUCAAGACCCUGACAGGCAAAACCAUCACCCUCGAGGUUGAGCCAAGCGACACCAUUGAGAACGUUAAAGCCAAGAUCCAGGACAAAGAAGGCAUUCCCCCUGACCAGCAGAGGUUGAUCUUUGCUGGCAAACAGCUGGAAGAUGGGCGCACCCUGUCUGACUACAACAUCCAGAAAGAAUCCACAUUGCACUUGGUGCUGCGUCUCAGGGGAGGCAUGCAGAUCUUCGUUAAGACCCUGACAGGCAAAACCAUCACCCUCGAGGUUGAGCCAAGCGACACCAUUGAGAACGUUAAAGCCAAGAUCCAGGACAAAGAAGGCAUUCCCCCUGACCAGCAGAGGUUGAUCUUUGCGGGCAAACAGCUGGAAGAUGGCCGCACCCUGUCCGACUACAACAUCCAGAAAGAGUCCACCCUUCAUCUUGUCCUGCGUCUCAGGGGAGGCAUGCAGAUCUUCGUCAAGACCCUAACAGGCAAGACCAUCACCCUUGAGGUUGAGCCAAGCGACACCAUUGAGAACGUUAAAGCCAAGAUCCAGGACAAAGAAGGCAUUCCCCCUGACCAGCAGAGGUUGAUCUUUGCUGGCAAACAGCUGGAAGAUGGCCGCACCCUGUCAGACUACAAUAUCCAGAAAGAAUCCACCCUUCAUCUUGUGCUGCGUCUCAGGGGAGGUAUGCAGAUCUUCGUUAAGACCCUGACAGGCAAAACCAUCACCCUCGAGGUUGAGCCAAGCGACACCAUUGAGAAUGUAAAAGCCAAGAUCCAGGACAAAGAAGGCAUUCCCCCUGACCAGCAGAGGUUGAUCUUUGCUGGCAAACAGCUGGAAGAUGGGCGCACCCUGUCCGACUACAACAUCCAGAAAGAAUCCACAUUGCACUUGGUGCUGCGUCUCAGGGGAGGCAUGCAGAUCUUCGUCAAGACCCUGACAGGCAAGACCAUCACCCUCGAGGUUGAGCCAAGUGACACCAUUGAGAAUGUAAAAGCCAAGAUCCAGGACAAAGAAGGCAUUCCUCCAGACCAGCAGAGGUUGAUCUUUGCUGGCAAACAGCUGGAAGAUGGGCGCACCCUGUCCGACUACAACAUCCAGAAAGAAUCCACAUUGCACUUGGUGCUGCGUCUCAGGGGAGGCAUGCAGAUCUUCGUUAAAACCCUGACAGGCAAGACCAUCACCCUUGAGGUUGAGCCAAGCGACACCAUUGAGAACGUUAAAGCCAAGAUCCAGGACAAAGAAGGCAUUCCCCCUGACCAGCAGAGGUUGAUCUUUGCUGGCAAACAGCUGGAAGAUGGCCGCACCCUGUCAGACUACAAUAUCCAGAAAGAAUCCACCCUUCAUCUUGUGCUGCGUCUCAGGGGAGGUAUGCAGAUCUUUGUCAAGACCCUGACUGGCAAGACCAUCACCCUCGAGGUUGAGCCAAGCGACACCAUUGAGAACGUUAAAGCCAAGAUCCAGGACAAAGAAGGCAUUCCCCCUGACCAGCAGAGGUUGAUCUUUGCUGGCAAACAGCUGGAAGAUGGGCGCACCCUGUCCGACUACAACAUCCAGAAAGAGUCCACCCUUCAUCUUGUGCUGCGCCUCAGAGGAGGUUUCUAAUUAUAAAAUUGAAGUCAACUGUCCAUCUGUAGCAAAUUCUAUUUAAUGUUUUUUCAGUCUGUGUUUACAUGCACUUUCAACUUACAUUUGUUUUUUUACCAUAACACUUGCUUUUUUCAAAGAAGUAAACCACAUUACCUUUUUCUUUGCACCUUUUAUUCUCAAAACAAUGGAAAAAUAAAAGCAUUGAAAUGUA